AUGGAUAAUGCACAACAGGGCAAGACGGCCGUUGCAAUGUAUAUGCAUCUUCCCGCGCCCGUAUGCCUGCUUGUCUCACAGGAUAACCAUGAGAUAUUCCUGACGAUUGCCUCCUAUGAGCCCGAGUAUGUCGAACGCUUCGAGGCAAAUUUUUCGAACCCUCGAGCUGUGACUGUCGACCAAGCCACUACUUACUACUAG